CAGGAGGGCGGGCGGGGGGCAGAGCUCCGGGGGACUGGGCGGGCCAUGGCGGAGGACGGCGAGGAGGCGGAGUUCCACUUCGCGGCGCUCUAUAUAAGUGGGCAGUGGCCGCGGCUGCGCGCAGACACUGACCUUCAGCGCCUGGGCUCCAGCGCCAUGGCGCCCUCCAGGAAGUUCUUCGUUGGGGGGAACUGGAAGAUGAACGGGCGGAAGCAGAGUCUGGGGGAGCUCAUCGGCACUCUGAACGCGGCCAAGGUGCCGGCCGACACCGAGGUGGUUUGUGCUCCCCCUACUGCCUAUAUCGACUUCGCCCGGCAGAAGCUAGAUCCCAAGAUUGCUGUGGCUGCGCAGAACUGCUACAAAGUGACUAAUGGGGCCUUUACUGGGGAGAUCAGCCCUGGCAUGAUCAAAGACUGCGGAGCCACGUGGGUGGUCCUGGGGCACUCAGAGAGAAGGCAUGUCUUUGGGGAGUCAGAUGAGCUGAUUGGGCAGAAAGUGGCCCAUGCUCUGGCAGAGGGACUCGGAGUAAUCGCCUGCAUUGGGGAGAAGCUAGAUGAAAGGGAAGCUGGCAUCACUGAGAAGGUUGUUUUUGAGCAGACAAAGGUCAUCGCAGAUAAUGUGAAGGACUGGAGCAAGGUCGUCCUGGCCUAUGAGCCUGUGUGGGCCAUUGGUACUGGCAAGACUGCAACACCCCAACAGGCCCAGGAAGUACACGAGAAGCUCCGAGGAUGGCUUAAGUCCAACGUCUCUGAUGCGGUGGCUCAGAGCACCCGUAUCAUUUAUGGAGGCUCUGUGACUGGGGCAACCUGCAAGGAGCUGGCCAGCCAGCCUGACGUGGAUGGCUUCCUUGUGGGUGGUGCUUCCCUCAAGCCUGAAUUCGUGGACAUCAUCAAUGCCAAACAAUGAGCCCCAUCCAUUUUCCCUACCCUUCCUGCCAAGCCAGAGACUAAGCAGCCCAGAAGCCCAGUAACUGCCCCUCCCCUGCACAUGCUUCUGAUGGUGUCAUCUGCUCCUUCCUGUGGCCUCAUCCAAACUGUACCUUCAUUUACUGUUUAUAUCUUCACCCUGUAAUGGUUGGGACCAGGCCAAUCCCUUCUCCACUUACUAUAAUGGUUGGAACUAAACGUCACCAAGGUGGCUUCUCCUUGGCUGAGAGAUGGAAGGGGUGGGAUUUGCUCCUGGGUUCCCUAGGCCCUAGUGAGGGCAGAAGAGAAACCAUCCUCUCCCUUCUUACACCGUGAGGCCAAGAUCCCCUCAGAAGGCAGGAGUGCUGCCCUCUCCCUUGGUGCCCGUGCCUCUGUGCUGUGUAUGUGAACCACCCACGUGAGGGAAUAAACCUGGCACUAGG